AUGGUAGAGAGAUUGAACAAGAAAUAUUCAGAUUCUCAGUUUAAAGACAUACAUGAUUAUAGGGUAUUUGUUGCAACAUGGAAUGUAGCUGGUAAAUCUCCUCCAAGUUGUUUGGAUCUUGAAGAUUGGCUUCAUACAUCUCCACCAGCUGAUAUUUAUGUUCUCGGGUUUCAAGAGAUUGUUCCUUUGAAUGCUGGUAAUGUUUUGGGGACCGAAGACAACGGUCCAGCAAAGAAAUGGUUAGCUCUCAUUAGGAAGACUUUGAAUAGUAAUCCGGGUACCAGACCGGUCACUGACCCGCUCGUGGAACUUGAUGCGGACUUUGAAGGAUCAAUGAGGCGGAAAACUUCGUUUCAAUCCAUGAGUCCUAGUGAUUGUGACACUAAUUCCAGAUGGGGUUCCUCUGAAUCCGAUGACGAGACAGAUUCACCGAAAACAGAUUCACCAGUGAACAUGCAGUCUUUCGGUGAAUCUUUUGCCAUGGAGGAAACCGAUAACCAGAACGGGCAUUCGAGGUAUUGUUUGGCUGCUAGCAAGCAAAUGGUAGGCAUAUUUCUUACCGUAUGGGUGAAGAAUGAUCUUCGAGACAAUGUUCGGGACAUGAAAGUGUCGUGUGUCGGGCGAGGAUUGAUGGGUUAUCUCGGAAACAAGGGCUCCAUUUCAAUUAGCAUGUCUUUGCAUCAAACCAGCUUUUGCUUCGUGUGUAGUCACUUAACCUCAGGACAAAAGGACGGUGAUGAGCUUCGAAGAAACUCCGAUGUUAUGGAGAUCCUUAAAAAGACGAGGUUUCCCAGGGUUCAUGGCGUGAAAGAUGAGAAAUCUCCACAAACGAUUCUAGACCAUGAUCGUAUUAUAUGGCUUGGGGAUUUGAAUUAUCGGAUUGCUCUUUCAUACGGAUAUGCAAAGGCUCUAGUCGAGAUGCGCGAUUGGAAAGCACUGUUAGAGAAUGAUCAGCUUCGGAUCGAGCAGAAGCAAGGCCGAGUUUUCGAGGGAUGGAGUGAAGGAAAAAUAUAUUUCCCUCCCACAUACAAGUAUUCAUACAAUUCCGACAGGUACGCCGUGGAAGAUAGGCACCCGAAGGAGAAACGAAGAACCCCGGCAUGGUGUGAUAGGAUACUAUGGUACGGAACAGGUCUGUAUCAGUUAUCCUAUGUUCGAGGGGAGUCCAAAUUCUCCGAUCAUAGGCCUGUUUACAGUGUAUUUUCCGCCAAGGUCGAAUCAAUUAAUCGUAGUCGAAUUCGGAAAAGUACGAGUUGUUCCGGAACCAGGGUCGAGGUUGAAGAGCUGUUACCACAGUAAAUCGGUUUAUAGCACACUAAAGCUCUCAUCAAGGACCUGUAAUUCAUUUCGGAAUCGAGCCCUGAUUUCUCUCGAUCUAUCAGAUUGGUCCCCCAUUUUUUUACAUGUGGGGUAGUGGUGCAUGAAAACCAGACAAUGGUGGCGAUAAAGACAUAUAUUGUCAUAUCGAUUAUUGUUCGAAGAAAAACAAGGGUAAAAUUGGCUUCACAACAACAAAAAGUUUGUAUUUCCCAACAGCCAAAAUUGUAAAAUACAGCUUUUUCGAAAAGCCAUCCAUGGCAGAACAAUAAUUCACAAAGACGUGUCUGUUUCUUGUCGAAAUUCCAUUGAAACAACUUACAGCAGCAAAAUAAGAAGAAGAAUCAGAGGGCUUUUUAAUGUAUCUUUUCUUUUUUUCUUGAAGAGGGGAAAAAAAGAGAGAAAGAGAAUGGAUUCAAUUGUAAUUUUUUUCCAUUUUUGGGAAGAUGUAUAAAAUGCCUGGGGAUUUGAUUGUAAACAUUUAAAUUUUUAUGUUCAAUGGAUAAAUUUUAAUUCUAAGUUUAUUGGAAUUAAGAGAA